AUGUGCUUGCGUGUGUGCGACAGACACGCACCCUUGGCAACACAAAGAGUGCUCGUGUGUGUGCGCAGCCCAAAAUUGACAAGACUUCGCUUUUCUUCAGCUUGUUGUUGUUGUUUUUUUUGCUUGCAUCAUCAGCGAGACGCGCGGGGAGACUCUCGCCGCAUUGACCUUUGAUUUACGGCACUGGCGAGCCGCGCCGGGAGACGGCCACGGAGGAGGGCGGCGGCGGGAGUGGGCGUGUCCCGGCGGGGCGUUUAUGUUGGAGCGGAGCCCGAGCCGCUCACUGCUUUCAAUUCGAUCCACCGCAAGGCGAGAACGCUCGCUCGCUCGCUCGCUCGCUCCCAUCGGAGAGCAGCAGAGACGCAACGCCGUGCAAGAACCGCGACUUUUGGAACCAGACUUUCUCCUAUCGGAACCAGACUUUUGCCUUUUGGAACCAGAUCUUUUUUCUUUCUAACUAGACCUCGUUCUUCGGAACCAGACCGUUGCCCUUUGGAACCGGACCUUCUUCUUUCUUCUUCUUAACCAGAUCUCCUUCUUUGGAGCCAGACCUUCUCCUUUGGAACUAGAAUUUCUCUCCUGGAACAAACCUUCUUCGAAACCAGACUUUCUCUUUUGGAUCUAGACCUUCUUCUUCAUCUACUUCUCAUCCUGCUUCUUGUUCUUGUUCUCGUGCUGCUUCGGACCCAGACCCCGUCCUCUUCCUCUUCUUUCUUCUCGUUCGGACGAUGCCGAUCCCGCCAAGCGCGAACUGAGGAGCCCCAAAAGUCAUCAUGCCGCUUCUGACGCUCGUCCGCUUGCUGUCGUCCGUGGUCGUUUUCUUCUCCGUGGCGGCCGACGGGCAGUCGGCGGGCGCGGCGGCGGGUCUAAGGGCGGACGGGGUGCGGGUGAUGUUCACGCCGACCAUCUGCAAGGUGCGCUGCGACCAGCGGCGUUGCGUGAAUCACUGCGAGCGCGGCAACGUGACCACCCUGUUCAGCGGCCCGGCGGCGGGACGGCGAGACGGCGACAGAUUCAGAGUUGGAUAAGAUGCCCGAGCCACCUCAUCUGGCUCCUCUCGCUGCUCCUCCGCAAUAACCUUUCAAAGGUACAAAUAUUUUUGAGCCAAAUGUUCUCUACUGAUAGCACACACUCUGAUGUUGACUGAACAGUAAACCUCGGGAACAUCGGUUGAGAAAUGAGCAAAGUUCCACCGAUUUCAAUAUCCUUGCAUUGCCUUUUACGGGAAUGUUGACCCCACCAACAUGGCUGCCACGUAGGUAGCCACUACUAUCACUAUUGAGUCUUUUUUUAAUCGAUUCUCCAAUUGAUUAUUGAUCUAAUAAUUGCACCCCACUUUGUUUUUUUUCUGCGACUAACAAUUUUUUUUAAUUCUCAUUUAUGAGGAAUGG